AAGAAGAACAAUGUCUUGCUCUGUUGCGAUCGCGAGUUCAUCGCCGGUGGCGUUCUCGCCGUCUCGUCUCCCGUUGUCGUGUAAGACCUCGCCGGAGACGUUGAGCCUCACCGCGCAUCUCUAUCAGUCGGAUGGAUCUCCUUCUGGUGCGUCUUGUGGGACUUCUUCGCCUUUUCGACAUCGGUUUCAGCGGCCGGCUAGUGGGCUUCGACCGUUUUCGUCGCCGCCGCCUUCUGUUGCUGUGGAUUCUUCGGGUUCGCCUUCCGGUUUGAUGGCGGAGUCGGGUGGGAAAGUUUCGGCCUUGAAGAGGAAGAGGCCGGCGAGGAUUGAUAUACCGAUGGGGGAUGUGCUGUGCUUUGGAGAACCGAAGAAAUCGGAUGGUAGGAAGGAGGUGGAGGAGGAGGGGGAGAGGUAUUCGGUGUAUUGUAAGAGAGGGAGGAAGAGACUUGAGAUGGAGGACCGAUUUAGGGCUCAUGUCGAUCAUCUUGGAGAUUCUGAAUUGGCAUUCUUUGGGAUUUUUGAUGGUCAUGGUGGUACCAAUGCUUCUGAAUUUGCAUCCAAGAACUUGGGGGAUCACAUAAUAGAGGAAGUGAGAACUAGGGCUGAUGAAUGUGAGAUUGAGGAAGCAGUGAGGUUUGGAUAUUUGAAAACUGAUUCAGAGUUUCUGAAAGAGGAUGCUGGAGGUGGAACUUGUUGUGUCACUGCAUUGCUUAAAAACGGCAACCUUAUUGUGUCAAACGCCGGUGAUUGCCGGGCUGUUCUGAGCAGAAGUGGGAUGGCUGAGGCUCUCACAUCUGAUCACCGGCCAUCGAGGAAGGACGAGAGGGAUCGCAUUGAGAGCUUUGGUGGGUAUGUCGAAUGCUGCAGAGGAACGUGGAGAUUGCAAGGCUCUCUAGCUGUAUCAAGAGGAAUCGGUGACGCCCAUCUGAAGCAAUGGGUGAUACCCGAACCAGAAACUAGCACCAUCUCUAUUAAACCUGAAUGUGAAUUCUUGAUUCUAGCUUCCGACGGUCUUUGGGACAAGGUGAGCAAUCAGGAAGCAGUGGACAUAGCUAGACCCUUAUGCAUUGACUCUGCUGAUAAACAACCAUCACUGUUAUCUGCUUGUAAAAAGCUUGCUGACCUUUCUGUUACCAGAGGCUCUCUAGAUGAUGUCAGUGUUAUGAUAAUCCAGCUCAAGAAUUAUGCCAGGAAUGACUAGAGAUCUUUUAUUCAAUGCCUUGCACUAACCAUUGUCAAAAUAGGAUUAAAUUCUGUACAGCAAGUCUUUUUAUUGAACUUGCUUUCUUUGCAUUUCAGGUUUUAGUCAGAUCAUUUCUAUAGAUACAUCACUAUUAUUGAUUUGUUCUAAAUAUAAAUAAUCUCUAUCAGGCAGUAAAUCUCUGAAUUCUUUUUCCA